CGUCCGUCCUCCGCUUCACGGCUGCGCGCGCGCGUCCGUGUACUCUUGUGCGCCCGCGGACAUCUGUGAGCGGUAUCGUUGCACGUUGAACGAAAGACGCGAAGAGGAAACCUGCUCAGUUAGGUUAAGUUCAACUUUCAACACCCAACAUGGCGGACGAAGCGGACAUGCGCAACGAGCUGGCCGACCUGCAGACUCGCGCCGACCAGAUAGCCGACGAGUCUCUUGAGAGCACUCGCCGCAUGCUGGCUCUGGUGGAGGAGAGUAAAGAUGCCGGCAUCAGGACUCUGGUGAUGCUGGACGAGCAGGGAGAGCAACUGGAGCGCAUCGAGGAGGGGAUGGACCAGAUCAAUAAGGACAUGAAGGAUGCAGAAAAGAAUUUGAACAAUCUAGGACAGUUCUGUGGUCUGUGUACAUGUCCGUGUAACAAGAUUAAGGGCGGGGGACAGGCCUGGGGAGGCAACCAGGACGGUGUGGUCAACAGCCAGCCCGGCGCUCGGGUGGUAGACGAGCGUGAGCAGAUGGCCAUCAGUGGAGGCUUUAUUCGCAGGGUAACGGAUGACGCCCGCGAGAACGAGAUGGACGAGAACCUGGAGCAGGUGGGCGGCAUCAUCGGCAACCUGCGCCACAUGGCUCUGGACAUGGGCCAGGAGAUCGACACCCAGAACCGGCAGAUCGACCGCAUCAUGGAGAAGGCCGAUUCCAACAAGACCCGAAUCGACGAGGCCAACCAGCGUGCAACAAAGAUGUUGGGCAGUGGCUGAACAGCAGCACCCUGGACACCUAAAUCUCUCUCACACACACACACACACGCACACACGCACAAACACAAAUACAGAGAAACACCUAAAGCCCACCCCUGUAUCGCCUCUGCAAAAUGAUGCUUCUAUUGUGAUACAUGUAGACGUUUGCACAUAUCAGCACUUCCAUUUAUUGUUAUGUGUUGGUUCCCCAUCCCUCACUCUUCCUGUUUUUUUUUUAAUGUAAUAUAUAAUAUUCAAAAAACAAUCACAUUGACUGUUAUCUGGAUUUAGUGACUAUAUACGUGUAUACUGUAUAUGAUGAAAAUUUGAUUCCAGUCACUUAAAUGCUGAUGCCAGAGAUUGUAUAUAUUUAUGCUUUUGUCCUCAGGGAGCGAAAUCAGACCAAGUUCCAAUCAUUCCAUCUGGCAUUUUUAUCGAUUAUAAAGAGCAGUGGGUGGCUUACUUUGCCAUUUAGCUUUUAGCACAUUCAGCUCCUCCUCUGCUCGAGCAUUAAUUAUUCAUUCGCCGGUAUAAAAAUAUCCUAACGUGCUAUAUAUGGACAGAGGAGCGGCCCAUAUCUCUGACAGUUCCCUCGGCCCUGUCUGCUACAUCGUGCCACUCUGUUUGUUUCAUCCUUUCCAGACUGUGAGCAAGUCACUGCAAAAAGAGAUGUACCCUGGGAAAAUAAAGCCAAUAAAACCUUCAGAACUGUAGAAAAAGAAAAU